UGCGCCCACAUCAGUCUUGUGUUCCAUUUAUCAUCACGUUCGACAAUGUGUUCUCCGUAGGUGCAAUACAGUUGUGUUGAUCUGGUGGUUGAUGAAACCAUACCAAUAUGAAGCACUCGAAGCGGACGAGAUCCGUCUGCUGCAGCUUCAAGCCGGCGGUGCAGAGACUGAGCUUCACGGCACGCUCCACACCUAUCGUCUCUCCGAUAACGACGACGAUGCUGAUGUAGGCUCGGAAUUGUUUGUGUCACGUGAAGGAGGUGUGACUGUUCCCAAUGCACCGCCGUACCGUGCGUUGAGCUACACAUGGGGAUCAGAUCUUAGCCACCGAUACCAUGUCCGCGUCCUGCAGCGCAACGGCAGCCUCUCCGAGCUUGGCAUCAAACAUAACCUAUACGACGCCCUCAUACGGUUACGCCAGGAACUUCACGCUGACGAAUCGUGUCUGGUGUGGGCCGAUGCCAUCUCGAUCAACCAGGCAGACAUUCCGGAGAAGAACCAGCAGAUCCAGAAGAUGGCCAUGAUUUACAACCGUGCAGAAAGUGUUUGUGUGUGGCUUGGCCGUGAAGAAGAUAACAGCAGUCGUGCCAUUGAAUUCGUACGAAAGCUGCAACGACUCGAAGAGUUCGACUUCUUGACACAGGAUACGGGUACACCGGCCGACUGGGCAGCACUCCACAACCUCAUGCACCGCCCGUGGUUCAGUCGAAGAUGGAUCGUUCAAGAGAUAGCUCUUGCCAGAAAGGCCAUGUUGUAUUGUGGCCCGAAUGCUGUCUCUUGGCCCGAGUUCUCCACAGCUACUGCGCUGUUUGUGGCAAGGCAUCGAGACCUGCGCCACUUGUUCCAAAGCUCAAAAGACUUUCACAACCAUCCAAACUUCCUGGGAGAAGUCGAGGCGUCGGGCGCUAAAUCGUUGGUGAACAUUACCACUAACCUUUUCCGCAAAUCGGAGGACGGUGCGGUGUUGGAAAGAUUACUGUCACUCGAGGCUCUGAUCUCUACGCUCCCGUCGUUCGAAGCCGGGUCGCCACAUGACACCAUAUACGCUGUGCUGUGGCUUUCGCAUGACGCCGAGCCCGGUUCAAGAGAGUCAGCAGCCAUGUCCAUGCACCCAGUGGUGACCACGCCGACUUCAUCUCCAGAGAUCGAUCCUGAGCCAUCGCAGUACCCCGAUGCUUACUCGCAGUACACUUACAGAGGGAUUGCGCGAUCACCGGGACCCUUGUCACCAGAACCAACACAGAAUGACUACAACGAAUCUCAGCAGCCAACGGCUGCUGGUGUGCAAGAGAACUUCCUCAGGCCACCGCACCGAGCUUCAUCGGCACAGAAGCCUAAACGAUCCGCUUCCGAUUUGAGCAAGGUUUUGGCAGAGUCAAGUCUAAACAAGCUGAUGCAUUUCCAAGUGCAGCCCCAUCCCAUCACUGUCGACUAUAGCGCCGACGUAUACGAUGUCUUCUCUCAGUUCCUCGUGUUCGCCAUGUCGCGCUCAAGAUCCUUAGAUCUGAUAUGCCACCCGUGGGCUCCUGAGCCUCUUAGCGGAUCACCACCACUGCCCUCCUGGAUACCUCAGCUGUCAAAUGCGCCCUUUGAAAAGAGGAAGGGUUCAAAUUCUUAUGCUAGGGUACGCGCAGAUUCACUGGUCGGUACACCUGGUCUCGGCGCGAAGAACUACAGCGCAAGUGGCAAGACCAAGCUCUAUCCUCCCAUGGGUUUCAUCCGAGAUCGGACCUUGAUCGUCACGGGCUUUGUGCUCGACGCAAUACGGGUCAAGCGCAGCACUGCUGUGGACGGCAUAAUCCCACCUGAAUGGCUCGAAUUGCUGGGCUACGAAAGAGCUGAUCCAGUGCCAGAGCAAUUGUGGAGAACGCUUGUCGCUGACCGAGCGCCUGGUGGCAAGCAAUAUCCGCCACCGUACUUUCCGCUCGCUUGCAAUUGGAUGCUCGAACAGCGCAGCAGGAGGGGUAAAAUCAACACCACCGAACUUUUGACGUUUCCUAAGUGUCCUUCUAUUGCUGCCGAGUAUCUAUACCGCGUGCAGUCAGUAGUCUGGGACCGCUCUCUUGCGUCCACUGAAGGUAGGCGAGGUUCCAAGAAACUGCUUGCCUUGGUGCCCGAUACUGCGAAAGUGGGUGAUCUGAUCUGCAUAUUGUACGGUUGCAGUGUACCUGUGGUCUUGAGGAGAUGUAAGAAGCGUAAAGCAGAUGCCGCAACGUCUCGCUCAAGAUCGAAUAUGAAACCUGAGAGCACAGCGUCGUCGAAAACGUACGCAGGAGGUGCAGGUCCUGCUACGCCUCAGAUUUCGCUUUCUCAGGCCUCCUCUAAUGCCCCACCAUCCGACGUUGACUCUACGGAACAGGGAAUCAACGAGGGCUCCUUUACCAAACCUGCUAUCCCUGGUUCACCGUACAUAAAGGCAAGUGUGCGCCAGGCUUUGCAUGAAGACCCGGACGAACGACCGCAAGACGUCUCCUCACUUCCAACGUCUCUGGAGAGUUCUGACCGUUAUGUCUUUAUUGGCGAGUCCUACGUGCACGGAAUGAUGGCUGGUGAAGGCUUCAAGCGUCAAAAGGAUCAUGGGCAUAAGACAAGAGCGUUCCACAUCAUCUGACUGAACUGGUCGAUCUCGAACGCUUGUCUGGAGCAUCGUAGUAGCUAUAUUUACGGACACACUGCACGAUUCCUACCAAUCAGCGGGUGCCUCGCAAGUCCAUGUCAUAUAAGAGUCCCCGGUCGGCCACGCAACCGUCGCGCCAUAAAGUAUCACCACUGCCGUGUAGUCACCCAUCCAGCGCCAAAGUAGCCGCCAGCGUUGUGACAAGCAAUCUCGCAUACCGGAGGCGUGGUGGUCGAAUAAGAUGUCCAGGUAGCCAACAUCGUGUUUGUCAUAUAUGUCCGAGUAAAAUGGAAUUCGUGGUCUGUCCACGUUGAAGCCGAUGCAGUAGC